AAAUUUCUGCGAAUUUAAUGUUUUUUCCCUGCGGAUAUCGAUAUGAAUCAAGCGACGAUCCGAUUGGCUAAUAGUGGGUAACAGGAAAAGUAAAUAAAAGGAAACGUAAAUAAUAAGUGGAAAAGUGUUUAUUUGAGCAUUAAAGAUGCCAUAUUAUAUGCAUGAAUUAAAUCCUGAUUACAAUCCUGCUACUGGCAUGCUGCAUCAUAUGACAACUGAUGAACUGAAGCAGCUUUUGAAUGAUGAUGAGAGACUUGAAUCAAUGAUAAAAGAUUUACAACAAGUAAAAAAGGCAGAAUCUGAAAGAGAAAUGUUAUUAGCAAGUAAUAAGAGUUUAGCUGAAUAUAAUUUAUCCAAAGAACCUGUUUUAAAUGAGCUGAGAAGUAAGAUUUGUGAAGAAUCUGAGGAACUGAAAUCUCUUAAGGAAAGUGUAGAAGCAAAGAAGCAGAAAUUGGAUGACCUAACAAGACAGAUGUCCCUUGACACAACACUAGCUUUGCUGCAAGCUGCUGCUGCAGAAUCUGAAGAAGAAAGUGAAGCAAUCUCUGAGAAUUUCUUGUCUGGUGAAAUUCAGGUUGAUGCAUUUUUAGAAUCUUAUUUAAACAAAAGGAAAUUAACUCAUUUAAGAAGAGUGAAAGCUGAAAAAAUGGCUGAACUUUUGAAUCAAGCUCGAGCAGCAAGCCGUAAUUAUGCUGCUCGUCCUAUAAACACACCACCAUAUUCCAGUAACUUUGGUGCACCAUAUCCUACUACAUCUUGUCCUUAUCCAAUUGCGAUGCCUCCUCAAGGAGAUAUGCCAUAUUUUAGAUAGCUAAAAAAUGAUGUUCAUUGUUCUCUGUAUUCAUCUAGUCUGCGUAUUGCAGUCUCAUUGCAAAAUGUAUAUUUUAAGGAAUUAUAAAUUUUACUUACUAGAGUUAAAUUUAUGUCAACAAAGUUUUGAGUGUGUGACUAAGAUUUUUGUAAAUCUCUGUUAACAAUCAGUCAGUGUUAAACUGGUUACUGAAAAUUCUUCUUACUAGUGUUCAAGAAUAUUCAAUAAUUCAAGUUUCAAAUCAAGUAGUUACUAAAAAUCUUAAAGAAAUGAAAGUAGCAUUAAAAUUUUAACAAGUACAUCAACAUAAUUCAAAUUCUUUGAAUUGCUAAAAUAUGGUGAUAUAGUGUUCAAUAUAUCCCUUGUGUCUUUCUUUUUGUGUCCGUUUAUGUUAUCAGAUUUCAACACUGCAUCACAUUUGCUAAGAUUAAAAUUGGAUAAAAUUGACUAAAAUAGACAUUGGAUUAAAAUGGAUAGACCCAAAUUAGAUUAUUUAUUUGAUUCAAUGACAUGCUCUUAUAUUAAUUAUUUCUGCUUGUAUUUUAGCAGUUCAAAGUGAGUUUUAACAUUUUUAUAAGGGAAACUUGUUGAAUAUCUUUGAACUAGUCAUUGUAUUAUCUUUUACAUAGUGAUGUCAUUUCAUAGACAGCUUGAAGUUUUCAGGAGAACUGAGUGAUAUACAGUAGAAUUUCCACUAUCUGGAAAGCUCAGGAAAUCCUGAAUGCAAAAUAUGUUAAAAUUUUGGAUAAUUGAACAUACAAGAAGUGCAGUUCUUGUUAGAGAAGCCAGACAGAUGAAAAAAGUUCCUAGUCUAAAGUUAUAAAAGAAAUCAUAGUAUUUGUUAUCACUUUGAAGAGCAAAAAAACCUACAUUUAAAAUAAGUUUUGAAACAAAUUCCAUUUCAAUCACGAAAGCCAUUCAUUGUACAUUGUAGGUUAAUAAACAUCUUACUCAAUUAUGAAACCCUGUCUACCUCGAAAGUUACUAGCAGUGUCAUUAAACUUGCAGUUUAUUUCAAUAGAAGUGUAAAGGAGCUGAUAAUUCUUUGUUUAGUUAGAUAAUUAGCAGAUACAAAUUACUGAUAUUGCACUUAAAUUUCUUAUCAUAAAUUUUCAUGUUGCAUCUCCAUUGUUUAUACAUUUUUGAAUAAAGUCGCAUAUCAAACCAA